UUCAGGCGCGUUUGCAAAUAUGUCUAUUCAAACGGCAAGUAACAGAAUGAGAAAUUGAAUUUUAGCUGCUUAUCCGGUACUGUGCUGUGUUUGUUUUUCAUUGUUAGGGGUUAGGUUGUCUGUUACUCUGCAUUGUACUAUUUCAACUCCGUCAAGUCUCCAUGGACACAAUAUGAAAACACUCCGCCUUCUUAUUGGAAUGAUCGGUCCAAGUGCAAACCACAGAGUAUUUUGACGAUUUAUCAAACCUCGUGACAUCACGCUUUUUGUUAAAAUAAACACAGGAGAAGAACUAGUUAAAAUACUACAGUAGUCUCAAAUGUGCGACGACAUGGUCAGGCCCAGAGUAUACAAAGUGUCUUCCACGGCGAAGGUGGAGCAGCUCGAGGCUGAGUUGACUUCACUGCUUCAGGCACUGAGGAGAGAAACGGAAAAUAAUGAAACUAUGCACGGAACAUCCACAAAUUCUUACAGCUCUGUUCAUAUUCCAAAAAGCGUGGUCUAUUUUCGCAUGGAGAGGCAACGCGUUCUGCAGAGGGGAUUGCAAGUUCCAGCUGUAAAACCCAUAGUGUCACAAGCAGAGGUGAUUCAGAGAGAGCUAGAGAGCUCCCUGCAACUCGAGUACACACCUGAGAGCUUACCUCUGUUACUGCACCAGUUCUUCACAGAUCGAUCAUAUCAGCUGGCAAUGUGUAAAUACCAGCUUAUGCUGAGGUGGAAGAGAUUUGGUCGGCAUUCCACUGUCCUGGAUCAGUUAUAUCCUCAGUAUAAGGAGACCAUGACUCAUUUGAUGAAUGAAUUUGAGGAUGCAGUGCAGAGGGCUCACAGACUUGCUGUUUCCAGAGAAAAGGUUUUGAUGCAUGCUGCCCAGCCUGUCAGUGUGCUCACACCGGAGGAUGUGCUCAUAUACUUACAGUGGCUUGUAUGCCACCUACAUUCAGUUAAAACCAUACACAGCUUUCUACAUGUAGUUCUCUAUCUUCCUCUGUGCGAGAGGAAAGACACACAUGAGACCAGUUUGCUAGACUUCACAUCCCCCAGAGAAUUCUCAGGCAUGUCUGGAUCAGUGUCAGAUGUCCCCUUGCACUCUGUAAAACUAGAUGAUCUUAGAGCUCCGCUUCAGAAUCUGCUGUCACACUACAACAUCCAGUACAAAACACAGGCCAUCAAAACCUUGGCUGAUCAGAUGGAACUCCUCAGAAUGGUCACCCACAGGUUCAGGAGCCUCUUCAUAAAUCAAGGUAUGAUGGAUACCUUCCUGCAGUAUGGAAGCAGUGAGGCUGUAGACAGGAAAUGGGGAAGAAAGAGACACAUGGCUCUUAGAAAAGGGUCUGACUGGAUCCCCCAUAUCCAGGUGAAACCAAAGAAAGAUCCUUGGCAGCAGAAACAAAUGUCCAGACUGAAAGAUGUGAGAUGUGUGGACGAGCAGCUUCAGAUAUACUGCUGGUCAUGUGAGGAGACAGAUGUGCACAGAGUAACUGAGAUGCUGAAGCAGCAUGCAGAAUUUCUCUGUGAGCUGAAGUCCACAGAACUCUUGACUGUGACCUCACAGCUGACAACCAAAACUGCUGAUAUUUGGAGAAACAUCUAUAACAUUACACAUCACUCUCAGGAAUCCAGUGCCAAGCCCUCUGAUUUACCAGAGUAUGCAUGUCAGAAAAAAUCCACAAAGAAAUACCUUGGGUCCACACAGAAUGGCAGCAGUGGUGCUGAACUGCUCGGGCUGGGCGAAGACCUUGAGGCUGGUUCUGAUGCGGCCCGGGGAGCCUACCUGUCUCUGCUGUACCUGCGCCACAUCACCAUCAGGGAGCUGAAGCGUACCUGUCUGGGCAUGCUAAACUACCUGCGCUCCGUGGAGCGGACUCUGACUGUUGAAACUGCCGGGCUGCAGCUGGCAGGGGGCAUGCUGGGGAGUAGCACUGAGGAGAGCAAUUGGAUGAACGCAGCAAGAGGAGACAGUGGCUCUACAGGAGGCCUUGGUUCUCAGCAGUACAUCUACAACACCCCCACUGACUACAAGGUUCAUUGCACAGAGUUUAUGGAGUUCCCUGAGGUGGAAAAUCUCAGUGACUUCUACAGCACUGAGGGGCCAUAUAUUCACACCCAAGACCAGAGAGGCCUUUACAUUGUCUACGAUGUUGCUCUGAUGGACCUGAAGGAGCUUGAGAGCACACUGCUCCUUACAGCGUCCCAUUACAUCUCAAAGUGGAGAGAGAGUUCCUCUGGUACAGUGAAAUCUCACGAGGCUCCAAGCUCCUGGGCUAGAAUGGAUGUAGACAGAGUGGCUGUUCUUUUAGAUAUCUGGGCUUGUGAGGCUGCUUUCCUGGAGAACAAAAUAGAGCUCUUGAAUUGCUACUUUGAGGCUUAUCAACAUGUCAUAGACAAGGAGGACAGGUUUAGUUUGGCUCAAGUCAUCACAGAUAUAAUGCACAGAAGACCCCGUCUGGAUCUGGGAACAGGGUAUUUUAUACAGUCUUACAGGCAGGAGAUGGUCUGUCUGCAAAGCCACCAGCAACUUAUUAAAUCAGUUCUAAAUCAUCAGAUUGAUAAGCAGCGCCAGUAUCUUGAGCGGAUAUGGAGGGGUGAGCACAGGAGGAGCUGUCCUUAUGAAUAUGGCUUUCCUAUAAACUACACCCCUAAACAGCUGGCAUCAGUGGGUGGAAGUAGUCUUGCCUUGAAGAGUGUGUAUGUGUUGGAGUUACACCCAUCCCUGGGUCUGGCCUCUGGGCUGUACAGGGCACUGGAACAGGCCCACAGUGAGCUGUGUCAGCUCAUUGGGGCCAGGAGCAUCGCCCAGAGAGCAAGACUUGAACAGAGGCUCCUCAAGCGAGCUCUGCAUAGCUGGCACAGCAUGGCCACUCCUGGAGCCUCCUAUAGCUCUCAGAUCCAAAGAGAUUUGUUUUCAGAUGUGUUUAUUGAGGACCCGGUCCUGGUUAGGGAGCUAGCGCUGUCUGUCCUGAGGUCAGCAGACGAGCAAGUGAGGAAGCAGGGUAGAGAGAGGCAGCUGUUCGCCAUGGAGAUGCUGUCCAGAAUUCUGGAGCUUGUUACCCUUCGCCACCGUAUUGUUGAGUCUGCUUUCGAGACUGAGCACCUGUCCCAAUUAUACAGAUCACUUGCUCAGGAGAUGGGUUUUGAUGAAUACCAUUUGUAUGUGCGACCGGUUCAGUUUGAAUUUGCAGUGCAGAAAGAAAUUCCAAAACAGCUCCCUCUGUUCAUCACGGCUCUUCUCCAGGACAGUGCCUGUGUUGACAGGUAUUCUCCAUCCAGCCUUCCCCUAGCCAUCCAGGAGCUGGAUGAGAGCCAGAUAGGAAAGUUCAGCUUCCACUCUGAAGAAGCUGUCCUACAUCUCAUGAACCAGUCCAGUUUGGAAAAUCUGCAAGUGGUUCUGGCUUGCCAGGUCACUCAGAAGAAUGUUCUUUUUGGAGCAGUAAAGCAAGUCUCCCUUUGCUACUGGGCUGAAGAUUCUGCUGGAGGCAGGUUUGCAGAUGCUUUCAUUUCCAUUCAGCUAGAAAAGGUUGGUCCUCGGGAUGAAAUGCUUACCUCUUACCUGAAGAGGAAGGAGCUUAUGCCCACUCUGAUGUCAGAUCCAGAUGAGGUAGCCAAAAUCAAGAGGAAACUGAUUUUGGAGUUCUGUCACAAAUUGAGCAUGCUUGGGUCCCAGAGUUGUGUAAGGGGGCAGAUCAUUGCUGUCUGUCACAGUCUCACCUCACUGCUGCUGCAGCUUCCUGACAUUGGCCACACUCACUUUAUUGUUGGGCAAGCCAAUGAGCUCCACAAAGACACACGGUCUGAGAAGGGCAUGCAACCCAACCCCAGGUGCUUUCAGCCCCGCCCGAGGCAACUGCUGUCUGCGGAUGGAAAGACCUUGGUGAACCUGUGGUUUAUUCCCCACUACACAGAUGUGCUCACAAUGUUCAAAGCCCUGGAGGAGAAAGCAUGUUGCCAAGCUCUUCAUCACACACUGAAGAUUAUAUCAGCCCUCCAUGACAUAGUCUUUUACCUGGUGAACCAUGCUUCCCUAGGCAACCCAAAACAUUCACUCAAUUCCAGCAGAGACCUUACACUCACUGCAGAUUGGGGAGGACCUGAAAGCAUCAGAGCCGAGCUGUGGGCUGUGCAGCAGCAGGUGGAUGCUCUCUCUGAGUCUGGCAGUGUGGAGGUGGUGGAGCAGCUUCUCCACCUGCGCAGGGAGGUGCUCCUCUUGGGAUUCCACAUGGCAAUCCACUGCACCAUCAGAGAGACCUUCCUUACCUCUGGAAAUGUUGAGGCCUAUCAGAGUGUGAGUGACAACAUGAGCCACGCCCUUCCUGUCCUGAGUGACAGCCUGAAGCAAGGCCUCUCUCAUCUUCCUGUUCCUCAACCUCUGGAGCCAUCCUGCCCAGAGACUCAAAGAAUCUAUCCAUGGAGAUCAUUUAUUGCAUGUCAUGGGUUUCAUCCUUUGGCUAUAUGGGAUAUUCUACCUGUAGAAUUCUGCAUGCAGCUGUGCCUCUGUGGUUUGGAUGAGCGCAGUAGGAUGGAGGCUAAUGGGGCAGUACUGGGUGUGUCACUGCUUCUGGACGAUGUGCUGAGCAAUGAAAGAGACGCAGCACCCCUGCAGCUCCAGGGCCAGGCAGACCCGGACAUUUCCGUGGAGUUCGAUACACAAGUUCAAGACACCGCAGAUGGGGCAGAAACUGUGAGCCGACACCCAGAGCAGCUUAAGACUGAAGGCUGCAGUCCCAUUCAGUCCCUUGCCCAGCAGAAGAGCUUCUUACUGCUCUGGAAGCAACUGGAAGUCUUUAAAGAGAACUGGGCCUGGCACCACCUGGGGGUAGAGCAGUUGAACACUGCUGCACUCUUCAAACGGGUCUCCCGCCUUUAUAGGAUGGAAAUUUAUUGGCCUAGUAUGCAAGUUCUGGCUCAGCAGAUGGGCCGGGAGCAGGAGUAUGAGGUGCUGCUGUCCCACAAUGAAUCUUUCCAACCCCCAACAGGAGCUCCUGAGGUUGAUGUCAAGACAUUGCAGCUGCUUAGGCUGUUGGAGAGCACAGAGUGUGAUAUGAUCAGAGCGGUUCAGAGGAGGAUUAGCAGGGAGAUAACGCUGGCGAUGUCAGAGCGCGCCCGGCAUGACACAGCACUGCCCACAGAGCUGUGGAAAAGAGCCUCCAUGCAGCACUGUUUUUCUCUGGAGAGGCCACAAAUAGUCGAAAACUUCAUCCAGCACUUAAUGGGAGGGGCAAAAGAGACAGAAGGACAGGUUGCAUUCUCUCUGGCCCACCUGCAGGAGUGCUUGGCUGAGCUUGGCUGUGCUGUGAUGGCCCGGGAGCGCAGCACCUUUUUGCUUUACUCCCAGUUCUAUGAACACCUCCUACAACAGCAAGGCCAGCUGCUCCACCAGAGGGAGCAGGAUGUAAAGGAGCUUGAAGCCACAGCUUUGCAAGCCAACAAUCCUUACAGUAAGGUAGCAGAGGUCUGCCGUGCACUAAUGUCUGAGCUCGCCAUGCUUCGUCUCCGAGUUGCUCAGUUGGAAGAUGAGCAAAAGGGCCUCCAACGACAGGCUGAUCUCGAGCACCGGUGCCGCUACGACUCCCUGCUUCGCCAAGUCUUCUCCAUGUGCAUGCAGCUGAAGUCAAGGCUUGACGAAUAUCACAUGAGGAUGGACCAAGACGUGAGGCAGCUGGUUAGCAGAGUAAGGAGUGAAGGGAUGGACAAGAUGAGUAAACUGAGAGCCAAAUUUUCCUCCUCUGACAAUGACAAGAACACUCUGACCGUCAUGCUUUCUGAGAAGGCAAUAUUAGAAGAUCUAUAUUCAGAAAAUAGCCAACUGUCUGCACUCCUUUGUAAAUUGAGAACUUUCCAUCAUUGGAAGCAUACGGUUGGACAGGCCAAGCUAGAAAAUGAGCUGCUUCACUUCAAACAGCAUGAGAUGUCUUGUAAAAUGGAGUCUUUGAGAGUGAAGAUUAUAUCAGAGGAAGAGCAGAUUGUACUGAAGCAGGAACUUGAAGCAGUGAAGGCAACUAUGCUGGACUACAAAGCUGAGUUUGAACACAUUCAGAGACAGAUUGUCAAGCAGACUCAGCAGCUGCGAGAUGUGGAGCACCAGUCUACACAGGAGGCACGGAGCCGCCAGGAACUGGAAGGCUUCCGCAGGGUGAGCGUCGAGCGCCUGCAGGAAGAGGUGGAGCACAGGAACGCUGAGAUCAGAGCCCUCAGUGCUCAGCUGGAUAGAACCAGCAUGGAGAGCCAGCUGCAGCAACAGCGCACACACAAACAGAUUAAACAGGUGCAAAGGCAGCUUACUCGUGAACGCUGUCUUAAGAUGGAGGCAUUUCAGACAGUGGACAAACUACACAACCACAUCCACAGCAUCGAAGCAGCACAGUCAAUACACACCACGCCUUCAGUAUGUAAAACUGCAUCUUCAAGCAGAGCCAGUAGUAACAAAAAAUCUUCAGAUGUAGGCAAGAAACGACUGCUAACUACUACCCAAGUUAACAGCUUUAUGGACAGCACAUCUGAAGACUCUGACACUGAUCCAAAACUGACAAGAGUGAGGAAAGAUACACAGAUGCUUCUGCAGAGACCAAAAGCAACGCCUCGACGCCUGCACAUGGAAAUUACAGACAUGCUGUUACCCAGGCUUCACACUGAAUCCCACCCCUUUUCUCACACUACACUCCAGCAUCACAAGAUAAGUCAAAAAUAAAUUCAUGCUCACUGGACUUCACUUU